AUGGUUUAUGGUGAAUUUUUCCGCAGACCUGGCAAAGACGCAGAACUUAUAAAUUUGAAUGUGGGUGGCUAUAAACAAUCAGUGGAUCAAAGCACCUUGCUCCGAUUUCCCCAUACCAGACUCGGGAAGCUUCUCAAAUGCCAUUCAGAAGAGGCUAUUCUAGAACUGUGUGAUGAUUAUAGUGUUGCGGACAAGGAAUAUUACUUUGACAGGAAUCCUUCCUUGUUCCGAUAUGUUCUGAAUUUUUACUAUACAGGCAAACUUCACGUCAUGGAAGAACUUUGUGUCUUCUCCUUCUGCCAGGAAAUAGAAUACUGGGGCAUAAAUGAUUGUAGCAAUAGGUACCAAGAAAGGAAAGAAGAAGGUCCUGAGAAAGAUUGGGAUCAGAAGAGCAAUGAUAGAAGUAUAGACUCCUCUAAUGAAGAGUCAUCCAUAUUUGAUAAAGAGCUGGAAAAGUUUGACAAUCUGUGUUUUGGUGAAAUAAGAAAGAAGAUCUGGGUCAGAAUGGAAAAUCCUGCAUACUGCUUGUCUGCCAAGCUAAUUGCCGUGUCAUCCCUGAGUGUUGUCUUGGCGUCAAUUGUGGCCAUGUGCAUUCACAGCAUGCCAGAGUUUCAAAGGCUGGACGCCAAUGACAGGGAGAUUGAAGACCCUGUGCUGGAAGCCGUGGAGAUUACAUGCAUCAUUUGGUUCACUGCUGAGCUCGUGAUCAGGCUCAUCACCGCUCCGAGUCAAAAGAAGUUCUGGAAGAAACCACUGAAUAUCAUUGAUUUUGUCUCUAUUAUCCCAUUUUAUGCCACCUUGGCUGUGGACACGAAGGAAGAAGAAAGUGAAGAUAUUGAAAACAUGGGGAAAGUGGUUCAGAUCCUGCGGCUAAUGAGGAUAUUUCGCAUUCUGAAACUGGCCAGGCACUCUGUAGGACUGCGGUCUUUAGGCGCCACUUUGAGACAUAGCUAUCAGGAAGUUGGACUUCUGCUUUUGUUUUUGUCUGUUGGAAUUUCUAUUUUUUCAGUGCUUGUCUACUCAGUGGAGAAAGAUGAUGACUCAUCAGAACUGUACAGCAUCCCAGUUUGCUGGUGGUGGGCAACCAUCAGCAUGACCACUGUUGGUUAUGGGGACACUUACCCAGUCACGCUUGCUGGAAAGCUGCUCGGCACCCUAUGCAUUAUCUGUGGGAUACUAGUGGUAGCGCUUCCCAUCACCAUUAUUUUCAAUAAGUUUUCCAAGUACUACCAAAAACAGAAAGAUAUUGAUCCAGAUCAAUGCAACAAUGACCGCAAAGAGAAAUGUAAUGACUUACCUUAUUUUAACAUUAGGGAUAUUUAUGCAAAAAAGAUGCACUCCUUCAUUUCUAGCCUUUCUUCAGUAGGAAUUGUAGUCAGUGACCAAGAUUCAACAGAUGCCUCCAGCAUCCAAGAUAUGGAGGAUGUUUAUAACACAACAUCUUUAGAAAAUGGUACAGGAAAAUGA